AGAAGGUCGCAUAUGACGAGACACGGUUCCAUAUAUCUUCAAGAUAAGAUGCAAUCGCAUAUAAGGCACCCUCGAUGACCACCCGGAGACUCCUCAAAUCAACGACUGGAAUACGACCUCUAACCUACGACAAAUUUUGAACGCCGUACGCACGCAGCUUUUGCCUUGACAACAUGGCUGAAGCACCCCUUCAAGACGCCCAUGGGCGCCCGAUAUAUGGCUUGGACCAAAACGGAUAUCCAUGGAUGAACGCUCUGGCUACGGUGAUGUAUCUCCUCGUCGAUCCCGACCAGCCCAUCUCACAAACCUACCCGCGUCUCCAUAGAAUCGUCCGCAGACGCUUCCAUGACGCCAUGAUUGCGAGGGGCCAUACGAAGAUCUCCCAGUGCACACAUGCUGAUGCGAAGGGCAUCAGGACCGACGACUCCGAGAAGCAAGCGGAAGACCUAGAGCUAUCAUCGAAUGAAACCGACAAGACGCGGGAUCGAUGGCGGAAAGCGUGCGAGGAUCUGACGGAUAUCUGGGACCGGACAGGAUUUUAUGGAGCAGGAACAUUUGCCAGUGUAUUCAGCGCGCGACAUCGGCUCAUGCCGUCCGAUUUGUGGGCCGUCAAGAUGGAAAGACUGAAGACCAACCAGAUGGCAUGGCUAAAGUGGGACUCGCCCAAGAUGACCCGUCUGGCCGAAGACACCGGGGAAUUGCCGUAUGUGCCCCGCGAAGCGUUGCUUUUACUCCUGCUAGAUCAGUGCGAACGGUUUCCGACCCUACACUCGGUCUACUCCUGCGGUUCAUAUUCGUCGACCAUCAUGGAGGGCUAUGCCGACGAUGCCCAUAGCGUCGCGCAUCUCACCCAACCUCUGCCGGCCGACUACGACCAGGCGGCGGCGCGGCUCCUUCCGAGCCGGACGGGGAUAGUUCUCAUGGACCAGAAACGGCCCGUGCUGAACGAGAUCCAGUCGUGCAAGGUUGCCUCCCAGUUGCUCGAGGGGUUUGCCGCUCUCCGGGAUAUGAACGUGUCGCACGGAGACCUGUCUCAUAAUAACUAUAUGAUACAGGAGGAUCUGGAGACGCACCUCAUCGACCUCGGCCUGCUGAGCUUUGGACUCGACGACGUGGAUUUCCAAGCCGAGAUCAGCGGGCAUAUUUUCUUCCGGGAGUAUCAAUUAACCCCGGAGCAGGCUAUGGAGCACACGAAGCUGCUCGACGGGGUGGAUUUCGAGGGGCUCCGUAAAUUCAAUUUCGACUGUAAGUUACCGCACGAUGCACGCUGCUUUCACCUGUGGCAUUUGGUGUGCAUCUUCUACGAGGUGCUGCAUGGGUAUGCGGCAUGGGAGAAUCGAGCCUGGAACCCCAAUUUGAGCCGAGAGCAAAACGAACUCCGCAAAUUCUAUCUCACCACUGUGGGCGUAGACGAGGCACUUGCUCGGCGGGACCGCCUGAUCAACGAGGAUCUGCCGAUCCGCGAGGACUUGUCGCAGGACUGCGCGGAUAUGCUGCGGAUGACGUUCGAGAAGGAUCCCCCGUUGAGACCCACGCUCACCGAGAUGGAGGCCAUGUCGUGGUUUGGUCAAUGGGCAUUUCACCCCGAGGGUGAAUUUCACCGGCCACCGGUCGAGGAUGUCACAUAUCCUCCUCGCGACGAUGUCCCAUGUCCUCCUCGCGAUGAUGUCACAUAUUCUCCUGACGACGGUGUCCCAUAUCCUCCUCACGACGACUAGGCCUGGGUGUCAGUGGCCGGCCUGCCAGAGAGGUACGUAUGUCAC